AUGUAUCCUGCCUUAGGAUAUAGUACUAUUUUAGUCAUGCAGGCUGAGACAUUUGAGCAACAGGACAUCCAAAUGGGAAUUGCUACAAUGAAAGAAGCAUUACAGACUUGCCAAAAAUUUAGGAAAAGAAACACAGUGGUAGAAUCACUGUCCAGCUUAGUUUCAAAACAGUCUGUAGAUCAGCUGAGUGAAGAGGAAAUGCAUGCAGAAAUCUGUUAUGCUGAAUGUUUACUACAGAAAGCAGCACUGACAUUUGUACAGGAUGAAAAUAUGAUCAACUUCAUCAAGGGUGGCCUCAAAAUCAGAACAAGUUACCAAAUAUACAAAGAAUGUCAUCAAGUUCUCCAGAUGACCCAAGACAGCAAAAGCAAGAAUGAAAUCUACCACCAGUUUGAAGGGGGUGUGCAACUAGGAAUUGGAGCAUUCAAUUUGAUGCUGUCCCUUUUACCAGGAAGAAUUCUCCGGCUUCUAGAAUUUAUUGGAUUUUCAGGCAAUAGGGAGCUAGGCCUCCAGCAGUUACGGGAAGGAGCUUCUGGUGCCACCCUGCGGGCCAUUCUGUGUACUUUCACCUUGCUGCUGUACCACACUUAUGUUUCAUUAAUUCUUGGAACAGGAGAAGCCAAUCUUUUAGAAGCUGAAAUGCUUCUACAGCCUUACCUCCAGAAAUUUCCAAAGGGUGCCAUCAUUCUAUUUUAUGAUGCCAGAAUAGACAUACUGAAAGGAAAUUUUGAAAAGGCUCAGGUAACAUUCCAGGAAUGCAUUAAAGCGCAGCAAGAGUGGAGACAGAUCCAUCACCUUUGCUACUGGGAGCUGAUGUGGUGCUACUCCUUUCAGCAGAAUUGGCUUCAAGCAUAUCGGUAUGCAGAUCUGCUUUGCAAAGAAAGCAGGUGGUCAAAGGCAAUAUAUGUGUUCCAGAAGGCUGCCAUUCUGUGCAUGCUUCCAGAUUCUGAUGUAAAAACAACAGGCGAAGACAUUGUAGCUUUGUUUAGACAAGUAGAAGGUUUAAAGCAGAGAAUUGCAGGAAAAUCUAUCCCAACAGAAAAGUUUGCUGUGAGGAAGGCUCGACGUUACGGGGGUGCUCAGCCUGUGAAGCUAAUAGUACCUGCUCUGGAAAUGAUGUAUGUUUGGAAUGGCUUUUCAAUUGUUGGCAAGAGGACUGAUCUCACUGAAAAUUUGUUAGUAACAAUUGAAAAAGAAGAAACCAGUUUAAAAAAUGAAACUAAUCACAAUGAAUACUACAUGGAUGACAUCUGUCUACUGCAACUGCUAAAAGGGCUGUGUUUGAAACAUUUAGGAAGACUCUUGCAAGCAGAGCUCUGCUUCAAUCAAGUUAUUCAAAGUGAAAAGCAGCUGAAAUAUGAUAAUUACCUAGUUCCAUAUACAAUGUAUGAACUGGGUCUUCUGUACAAACAACAAGAUGAAAGAGAAAAAGCAAUAAGAUUUAUAGAAGCUGCAAAAAACAAUUAUAAGGAAUAUUCUAUGGAAUCCAGGUUACACUUCAGAAUCCACGCAGCACUUAACAGUAUGAAAGUAACUCCUGCCCCAACGCCUUGAUGUUAUCCGAGAGUGAUACUUAACUUAAGUGUCUAUAUGUUAUUCUUGGAAAUGUUACAAAAAUCAUGUAAAUGGUGUAACAAAAAAGAUGUAGUUUAUAUUUUCUAUCAUUUGUGAUAUGUAAAUGUUUGUCAUCCUUUUGAGCAAUUCUUUUUUCUAUGGUGCACUUCCAUAUCUCUGCUUGACAUUUUAGAAGAAGACAUUAUAUUUUGUUUAUAAAAGGAUUUAUUUCAUGAUUGACAUGAAAGGGAAGUGUUUAAAAACAUUGCUGGUGCAAUAAAGAGUAAUUCAAACACUUUAUUUUUUUAUGAGAAGACUAAUAUUGUUUAUGCAUGAAAUUGUGUGAUGACUGUAUUCAUAGUUUCACCAUUUAAUGAAAGCUUGAAUUUAUGCAAUACCUUUAUUAUAAAUUAGGACUUUUAAUAAGUUGGCUGCUGGUAGCCGUAGUUGUGUUGUCUGCAUUUGAAGCUUAGAUUUACACACCAAAGAUUGGAUUUUUCAUAUUAUAGCCAAAAAGAAUGAAUGGCUAAAAGUCAUUUCAUGAAUGUUAGCUUAAAGUCAGUGCAAUAUAUUAACAAUAUACAUUUGAACAAAAGUAAGGUAAGACAGUUUUUUGCCCCAUAAAGGUGUUUUCAAGAUACAUCAGAUUUUUUUUUAAAAAAACUACUAAAUAGCAGUAGUAAUUCAGUUGUUUGCCCUGCUAUAUGUAUUUAAUUUAUUGGUGUAAAUAUAUAUCUUAUCUUCUAGGGGUCUAAUCAGGGCCAUUUGGUUUCUACUUCCAAAAGUCAGUAGGUUUGAUAUUCCUUCUCUUGUACACUUUCAAAAUUCCUGUACACUGAAAUUCCAGUUUAUGAAUAUUUGUGAAGAGGACUUAUACCCAAAAAGUGUACUUGUAUUAUGAUAGAAAAGCAUUUUUAGCACAGUGGGAUUAUAACAUACAGUCGACCCUCUGUUUUCAUGGGCAAUCCGUUCUGGACCUCCCCAUGAAAACAGAGACUCACAUGUAUUCAAGCCCCAUAGGCUUGAAUGGGGCGCGCACCUCAUUGACGAUAACGGAGGUCACUCUUCCAUGAGUAAUCAAGAACACAGAUCCCAAGUCUGCGAGAAAGGAUGGGCAACUGUAUUGAAACAAUCUAAGUACAACCAUGCUAUGUGCAUAAUUUUUUUUUAUUCUGUUGAACCUUCAGACAGAUGCACAUUUCUGAAGGCAUGCAUAUACCAGCUCAUUAAUAAAUAACAAUAAAAUAGUUUAUGGGGAACCCUGACUCAUGCGUAGUGCUUAAUUGCACCUGCUGAAAACACAAAAAGCUAAACAAACAGCAGACCUUUCAUCUUUGUUGUUAUAUGCAUACUGGGACCUCUGACUUGUCUCUGCCUCAACAAGCCACCAUGAUAAGUAUUUGCACCUUACGAUGACUGUAACAUGUCUAAGGGAAAACAAGCAAGAAUUCGUACAUUACAAUAAAAAGAGAUGAAGGAUAUACAGUUUGUUUAGACAGGUGAAAAUAUGAAUAGCCAAGCAAUAUGAAGUUGCUUGUUGGAACCUUCACAGUAAGCCAGAUGCUUCAAAAUACUGUAGAAAGUAAGAAUCCCUUCUGUUACUUAAGGACCAAAUCUAUUCCCUGUGAAUGUUUUCUUAGUUUCAUAGUUUUCAUAUGUUUCCAUAGCUUCAAUAUGCAUUUACAGUACAUAGUGCUAUUAUUAUUAUAAUUUGAGGUUAUGAUUUUCUGUUGCUGUUAGGCACUUGCUGUGAAUUAUGUGGUGCUAAACUAAUGGAAAACUUGGGGCACUAUACGUUUUUUUUUAAAUUAAUAAUUUUAAUAUAAUUGAUUAUCACAUGCUAAUGGAUACUGGACAAAGAUACAUAUUCAUAAGCAGCAGUAAUAGGGAUAAAAUAUAUUCAGUAUUUCUUAGUACAGUUUUUCAGACUUACAAAUGGGGAUUUUGACUAGUAGAUUGUUGAUGGUUAUGCCCGACAACCUUCUUCUGUUUCUCACUAUGUUUUAUUCUGCUGUACCUUUCACCAUGUAUUCUUUUCCAACUGUUGGCACGCUCUAUGUGUGAGGAGGAAUUUUUCUCUCAGCAUUAUAAGAUCACUGUAACAGAAUAUCAAGGAGGAGGUCUGCCUUGUUAAAUUCAAAGGAAGUACGUUUGUGCCAAGCUGAGAGGACAUGGUACCCAUCGUUUUUCCAGAUAUGUUAAUUUUCUUGUCUAUGAAAGCCCAUUUGUUACCAAUAAAUUCAGGCACAUGUAGCUUUUUGCUUUUAGUUCUUUCGCUAGGAUGCAUGUUCAGCACAUUAUUUAAGUUCCAAUAUGAGCUUGCGGAUAAGGAGUUCUGAUACUGAAAGUUUCUCCUGUUUGCUACCUGGUGACUGUUUAAAUCUUGUUUUUUAAAUACCUAGGCCACAGGCAUUUUUGAGCUAUCGUUGCAAAUUUAAAAAAAAUAAUGUACCCAAGUUUGCAUGUACAUGACUUCUUUAAUGGUACUGAAUUAUUUGAUACAUACUGACAAUAACAUGGUUAACAUAUGGGAUCACUUCUAGAUUUAAAUGAUUGUGAUAUUAAAUAUAGGAAGACAGUUACUCACUAUGCUUAAGACAAUCUCGCUCCUAGUUAUACUUUUACAUUGAAAUUAUUACAUCACUUAUAUCCUUAUGCUGUAGCUUUAAAUAUUGAUUCUUUUAAUGACAUUUAGCUUCAAUAUAUAUUCACACACAGCAUUGUGCUUUUAUUAACUGAUAAUGGUUUCCACCUUGUAAUAGAAAUCUUAAUGAGAAAUGAUAAUGUUAAUGAAAGAUGAUAUGUUAUAUAGAAAAGGUGUUACUAAAGGAUUUCAUUUGUAUACAUUGUCAUGGUUAUGAUUGCCAGCUGUCUUGUAUCUUUAUCAAGAACAGAGAAUAAUAUGAUAAAUAGAUUUAGAGCAUUUUGCCAGGUGUUUUGCAAUGUUUGACAGCUAUAUCCUAUACCAGGAACAAAAUCGUUCUCGAAAUCUGUUUUUAAUACUAGACUUGACUGUGAAUGUAGUUUUUGUUCUCCUACUGCCUAGUUCAAAAAUUAGUUGUAUUUGUAUUAGCUACUAUUUUUACUGUCUUGAUUGCAUUUUAUUCCACCAAACUGUCUAAGAGGGGAUUCAUUUUACCAGGCUAUCUUUAAAAGAAAUGACAUAGACAAGUAGCCUAAUCUGUACAUAGUUGGUUGGGAGGAAGUCUGGCUUGGGUUCAGUGGAACUUACAUGCAAGUAACUGUGCAUAGGAUUUCAGCUUUAAUGUGCUGAUUACAGUGUAGCACAAGAUUUGUAAUUCUGUAACUGAGCAGAAUUUGGACAGAGAUGAUAGCCAUAUCUUGGUAUGAAUUUGUCACAGAGUUCUGUUCAUUUGUCUUCCUGUGAUAGGAAGAGCAACAAAAUAAAAAUGUGCAUUUAAAAGAA